CACCAAGACCUCACCGCUUGGAUCUCAUCUUCCUACACGGAAUACGCACGACUCACACUGAGCCAACCGCUGAGGCGAAAUUAAAACGCCAGGAUUUACCUCCUCGGGUUCAGUCCAGACCGAAACGAGGCUGGGAUUUCCUCUUAUCAUUUGAUAUUUGACAGAUCCUCUUUUUUGUGUGUGUGUGUUGGGUGGAGUCAACCCGGAAUUCUCCAAAUUGGAAAACCAUUUGCACAUUUCAGGAGCACCAUGAAGGACGGUAUCGCCAACAACAGCACGGCCAGCAUCUCCCAUGCCAGGAAAGCUGUGGAGCAGCUGAAGAUGGAGGCCUGCAUGGAUAGGAUAAAGGUCUCCAAAGCGGCUGCAGACCUGAUGGCGUACUGCGACGCCCACAUACGCGAGGACCCCCUCAUCGUGCCCGUCCCCGCCUCCGAGAACCCUUUCCGGGAGAAGAAGUUCUUCUGCACCAUCCUCUGAUGACCUGCCGGUAGAGCUGUACAGGUGCAGGCAUGGCGUUGCCUGUCUUAUCUGUCUUCACCACACCUAAAGCUACUGGCCAUAGGCGUUGAGUUGAUUUUUUUGCCAGGUGGACACUCUGUUGUUGGUCAGCUCUGUCCUGGUGGCUGAAGGUUUUGGGGGAGUCUGCUACCAAACUGGCAACCCAGUGAGCGUAUCAUGUCUUGUUAAAUAGGUUUGUUAUUGCUUUGUUAUUAGAGAACAGCCUUGCUCAGUGCUUAAUGAGAUGAGAUAUGUUUUUUUCUUUUUCUUUUUCUUUUCUUGUGCUAGAUCUUAACUUGCCUCAGGAAACAGAUAUUUGCCCAGUGUCUACGACUUUUUUAAACAUUUAUUUCCCUUCCCUUUAUCUGAAUUAAAAAAAAAAACAUUAAUCUUUGUAUUCUCUUGGACAUAAUUUGGGUUAGUUUUUUAUUGCUUUCAGUGCACAGGUUUGACUAUUUGUACCAACACUUACUGAAAGUACUACUGAAAUUCGACACUUCCCUCACUAGUGGUUUCUCUUUCAGUUUGCCUCCAGAGUCACAAACAAUUAACCCGCUCGUUUUAGUGCUGCAGCACAGACGAUUUAGAUUAGAGCCCAGAAACAGAGACCUUAUCUCGCAUUGUUAAUUAUUUCAGUUUGUGCCAACUGCUCUGGUAUUACUGUAAGAAGGAGGUAGCUGCACAUCAGUUCUGCUGCAAAUAAAUAAAUAGACUCUCUAUUUAUUGAAAGGUGCAGAGCUAAUGUUUCAACAGCGAGAUGAGUUCUUCAGGGCUAUCACUGUGCAAACAACCUUUUGGGGAAAAUUAUUUAUGACUCUGCCACCUCCUUCCAGGGCCCGCACUAAUGCAUUCUACCUUUGCUGCUAUGUUUGAUUUACUCUUCAUAUACUUCAUCCACUUCAAAUCAGUGACACUAUCGGUUAAUCCCGCAGCCCCUGACUGGAAUAUUUUUACAAGUUGCAGGACAUCUUUUCCUCUUAUUUCCUUAACGGCCUCAUUUGUUCUCUGGGCAUGUUUCCUGAGCCUGAUUCUUUUUGCCUGUCCUAGAGUGAAUGGCAAGGCCUUUGACAUUAAUGCCUGCAUGUUUUUGCCUCUUUUUUGACAGCCUCCUCUGUUUCCGAGGGACCGUCAGUCUUUUAGAGUGUACAGUAUGUUACAGUGCCAAUUUCUGUGAGAGCAGUGUGAUCUUCACACUGUGCUCCCACAGCCUUUUUUCCCGUUUUGUUUGUUUUUGGAAGAAAAAGCACACUGUCCAAACAUUUCCUUUACAUGGUAGUUGAAUAGCAUUUGCUAAUUUUUACGAUGAAUUGUUAUGAUCGUUAUUAAUAUUGUUAUUAUCAGUAGUAUUAUUGAAUAUUUGUUGCACAGCACUGACAGCUACAUGACGUGUAGUGCUACUAAGCUUGUAUGAUACUUAGGAGAAGAAAAAAACACAUUUAUAAAUCAUGCAAUUAUUGAUACUAUCUGAAUAUUUUUUAAGAAUAAUGGUAAGGGUCGGUUUACAUAAUAUGAUCCCUUCGGUGGUUCAGGCUUUUUGAAUUAUUGUUUCUGUAAAAUUAAAAGAAAUGUACUCUUGGUACUUGAAAAGCCAUCGCAUUAGGAAUCAAACUGAUACUGGACUGUCACAAACUAUUGGACUCAAAUUGUUUUCAGGAUAAUUAUUGUCUUAACUUCUUAAAACUAAAAAACCUGAGACUGACCUCAGGGCGCUCCCACUGACCUCAUCUUAAGAAUAGUGCCAAAUCUGAAACAAUAAAUAUAACGGCUAGAGAUGAAUAUUGCAUGGAUUUAUUUCUAUCUAUAACAGAGAGAACUAUUAUGAUAUGAAAUAUUGCCUCUUCGUUGACUUUCUGGGUGCUACUCUGCACAUAAUAAUCUCAUUGGAGUCCGGAUAUGUCAACCAUGUGCAGCUGUAUUUAUGAAUGGUAUUAUCGUUUUGGUAUAAAAUAGCAUUUAAAUAGCAGGCUUUGUAAAUCCUUUGAUGGAUCAAAUUAAUUAAAGGAAAACG